GUGAAUCCAAAAACAGAUGUGUUUUGUCAUCUGGCUGCUGUAGUGGGAGAUGUUUGCAAAAGCUUGAGCAACUGAGCAGACCUCUGUAAUAUUCAUGCUGUUUAAUGAAAUGGCAUCCUUUCAACACUGGAGAGAUAACACUACAUCAAUGAAAUGCAACUUCUGCAAAUGAAUCAAUGGUGGGCAGAGUAUGUUGCCAUUGUGGACAGCAAUCUAGAGUUUGGAUUUCUGUUUUGAAAACAAGAGUCACGAUUUACAUCACCAGCAAAUUCAGAGGAAACGUCAUGGAUGGAGUAGCUGUUUGCACGGUUAAUAUUGGAGUCAGUUGUAACUCAUAAGCAUGCCUGGAUAGAUGGAUUGUCUCAGGAGCACAGUGUCUUUGCGUCCCUUUCUGCUGUUCUUGAUGUCUUCUGUGGUGUCUGCAUCACCAUUUGUGGAAUCUCCUUGUAAAAUAAAGGGCACGACUGUGAACUGUACAGAAAAAAAUCUCACAGAGGUUCCAUCUGUCCCAAAUGAUACAGCUGAGCUCAUUUUGAAUUUCAACUGGAUCCAGGAAGUCUCACAAACAUUUUUCCCUAAACUGCAACAACUGACUGUUUUAUAUCUUGCAGAUCAACAUACCAAAAGAGUCAGUAUAAGGAAAGAGGCUUUUAAAAAUGUUUUGCAUUUGAUUUACUUAGAUCUUUCAGGUAACAUGAUUCUUGUUCUUGACCCUGAUGCAUUUGUUGGUUUGACAUACUUGAGUCACCUCAGUUUAGGUUAUGCUGGACUUAAUAGCUCCAUCCUAGAAACUGACUACUUUCAUGAUUUAGUUUCCUUAGAAACUUUAAACCUUCAUGGGAACAAUAUAGAUCAGUUGAAACUUAAUCCAUUGUUUUCUAAUCUCAGCUUUUUUCAUACUUUAAACCUAACACAAAACAAGCUAUAUGACAUCUGUGAAUCAGAUAUGAGCAGCCUUCAAGGAAAGAAAUCUUUCCUCCUUGACAUCUCAGGGAACCAGUUAUAUCACAUGAAACAAGAUAACAGAACAAAAGAAUGUCCCAACCCUUUCUGGAAUAUUUUCUUUGAUAGGAUAGGUCUUGCUGAUAAUAAAUUAAGCACUGAUGCUUUGCAACAGAUUCUGUCACUUAUCCGUGGAACCAUAAUGCAUCAUGUAAUUCUAUGCUCAAACAGGAUUGGAAAAGGUUAUGGAAUCCAAAGUACAGAUCCAGAUAUUCAAACCUUUACUGGCUUUGCAAACAGUCUUGUGAAGAUUCUGGAUUUAUCAAAUUGCUUUAUAGUUUCUUUAAAUACUGGUGUCUUUAACAAAUUAAGCCAUUUGGAGCAGCUCUUUUUAGAAGGCAAUAGAAUUUUUAUAAUUCAGGAGGAUGCAUUUUCUGGCCUUUACAAUUUGAAGAUGCUGGAUCUCUCAAGAAAUCUUUUUGGUGAAAUUUAUGACUAUACUUUUAGGGGUCUUGACAAUAUUAUGCAUAUUAAUUUGUCUGUGAACAGUAUUGGAUUUAUUCAGAAAAAUACCUUUGAUUCAACCCAUUUACAGACAUUAGACCUUAAUAAUAAUGCUAUUAGUACCCUUCAUUUUGAACUGACAAAUGUUACCUGUUUUAAUGUAAGCUCCAAUAAAAUCAGCAGCAAGUCUAUCUACCCAAUGCCAUGUGCAGCACAAAUUGAUUUCUCUAGAAAUGUAUUUAAAGAUCUUGAAAUUUUUGCUACAAUUAUGGGAUGUUCCCAAGUCCAACGCAUCUGGCUAAAUGAAAAUAAGCUAUCCAUGUGUUUCUUAAAGAGAUUUAAAAUUUCAGUAAAUAACCAAUUGCUAUUUCUUGACCUCUCAAAAAAUAACUUGGGCCUUAUCUGGAAUGCAUAUGUGUGUUUGGACAUGUUUCAAAAUCUUGGCAAGCUAGAAACUCUCAAUUUGAGUCAUAAUUCAUUGACAUUUCUUCCACAAGUUAUCUUUGGAGGCUUGUUGUCACUAAAAGAGCUUUGUUUGUCCUUCAACAAGCUAUUUGACUUUACUUAUGCCAUUUUCCCUAACACCCUGAUUAGGCUGGAUAUUUCAUAUAACCAGCUGAUGGUACCAAAUCCUGAUGUCUUUAGUUUCAUCCCCGUGAUCAACCUAGGAGAAAAUCCAUAUGUUUGUCAAUGCUCACUGGAGGACUUUGUAAUAUGGGUAAAAGAAAACAACAUAUCCACUGAACACAUGUACUGUACUUUUCCACUUCAUUUGUACAAAAGUCCACUCGAUACAGUUUUGUCAGAAUGCGUAAAGGAUGAUGAAAGAUUUGUGCAAGGUAUAAGACUAUCUCUUUUUGUCACCACUCUGGCAUUGUUAACAAUUUUCAAUGUAUCUGUUAUUAUUCUGGUACGUGGCCGUGGCUUUUGUUAUGCCUGGUAUAAAGCGAUACAAAAAGCACUGUCUUAUGGGUCUACAAGGCAGCAUGACAGAGGAGAGCAUAAAUAUGAUGCGUAUUUGUGUUUUAACAGAAGGGACAUGAAAUGGGUGCAAAGUGCAUUAUUACAGCACCUGGAUUCCCAGUUCUCAGAACAAAAUCAAUUCCUGCUGUGCUUUGAAGAACGAGACUUUAUUCCAGGUGCGGACCAUAUCACUAAUAUUAAAGAUGCCAUCUGGAAUAGCAAGAAGACCAUCUGCAUAGUGACAAGACAAUUUCUGAAGGACGGGUUGUGCAUUCAAGCCUUCAACAUUGCUCAGAGCAGAUAUUUCUACGAUUCAGUAGAUGUAAUUAUCAUGCUGGUAGUUGGGAGACUGCCAAAGUAUAAGAUAAUGAAAUGCAAACCACUUAGGACCUUUGUGGAAAAGAGACAGUAUAUUCGAUGGCCAGAAGAGGAUCAGGGUAUUAGCUAUUUUGUAGAUAAAUUGGGUUCUCUGUUACUAAAUAAUAAAAAGAUGAAAAAGAAAAAUGCUGGCAUCAGAUUGCAACAUAUAAAAACAAUAACAUAAUGGUCAAAACUGCAAUGUUACAUUACAUUUCAUACUUUAUAAACAGUUGGAAAUGUUUGCUUGAAUGCUGAAACAAAGUGCUAUACAUGCUCACACUCCCGUUUAGGUUCAAAUUGGAUGUGUAUGACCCCAGAUAGUUGAGUACAGAUUCAAAUGCAGCUUGCAUCUGCACUCACAAUUUGAAACAAAGCAGCCCUGAUGCUGUCUUUAGAUGUAGUGGUACUCAGGACAUAGAGAAACUAUAGAGUAUGACAGAAGGCAGCCAUGAUUGUUAACCAUGUUCAGUCUUAACAUAUAUGUGCUUGUUCCCAAGUACAAAUAUGGAAUGUUAUUAACUUCUGGGAAUGUCUUCUAAAUCUGGACACAUCCUAUGAUCAGCAUGAUCAGAUGCUUCCAGGUCAACAAAUUUAGAUGAAAGCUCCAUAUUUCAUAAAUGCCCCCCCCCCCCAAAAAAAAUGCAUUAAAACAUCAUGCUUCACUCCCUGUACAGAAUAUCUGCAACCUCUGUGAGGUACACAUUAGCAGCAAGGCACUUUAUUCAGACCUGUCCAGUGUCCUUGUUCAGGAGGAAUGUUCCUAUUUUCAUGCCUAAUUUGCCCCUCCACAUAAUGUACCUAUUUUGGCGGUGUGCCCCUAUUUUGAGGAUUGCUGUACCCCUUCAUACAAUUUUCUGACUCUCCCUACUCACGUGUGAUUUUUGAAGCUGUCUAAUACACAGAAAACCCCAAUAAAUAACCAACUUACCUAUGGCACCAAUAAUCUAAAGUAAGAAGUCACACCUGUCACACCUCUUACAUCCUCAUUUUGUGGAAUGAAAAAUAAAUGACCUUGUGUUGUAGAACUGUGCAGUAGAGUUCAUUAAAAUUUACAGAUUUUACAUUGUCUGUUUAAUACUUUGUUUAUAUUUUCCAUUAUUUGUAGCACUGUUUUUUUAAUGUUUCUGAGUAGUAUCCCACAUUCCUACUGGAAGUAGGAAGAGUUUAUAUGCUGUUUGGUAUUCAAAUUUUAUGCUAGCUACAUGUCCAGACUUUUGUCUAGUUGUCCCUAUUUUCCAGGGCCUUUGUUCCUAUUUUCAAAGCCUGCUAGUUGAAAGGUGUGACUUUAUCACAUAUGUCUGUUUUUAUAUUUAUCAGAUAAUAUGUUCUGUUGUAAAACUGCAUUGCAGACUUUGGGAACUGUAAAUCAGAGUAAUGGUAGCAUGGACUCGAUUGAGUUGCAUUGUUGAAAGCAGUGUUAAUAUUUUGGGGUUUCAAACAGACAAGUUCUGACUGAGCCUGUUGUUAUGCAAGUCAGUAUGUUAUUUAUGGCCAGAAUGGAUAGCUGGAGCUGUUGAUACUUCAUAAAGCAUUUUACUUUGUGUGUGUUUUUUAUUGGGGGAAGGAAGCUCCUGUUCCUUUUGCGGUGUUUAAAGUUAGAAUGAAAUGUAACUCUUCACACUGGAUGGGAAAUGAUUGAAUUAAUGAACAUUUAAUGUGAUUAGUACAAUGUUUAUUGUAUCAAAAACUGCAUUGUUUGUAGUAUAUUGAUAUAUUGUUCUUGCACGUGUAAAUAUGUCCACAUAUAUACUUGAGUUGCAUAAGAGUGUGUGUCUGUGUAUUUAAGUUAUUGGCAUCAUAACUGAUGAAGGACUAGGUUUUACUUGUGCCACAGAUGUCUUUGUUUCCUCUGAAUACAUAUACAAUCCCUUUGGGUUGGAAUAAUAUGAUCUUCCUUACUGGCAAGAUAAAACAUUAUACUACACAGCUGGACUGUCCUGUUCAGAAGUCUUCAGUAAUAGCUACAUAUUUUAUAAUACUCUUCUAUUUGAUCCCAUUUGCAUAGUUUGUGUCUAUUCUUCGAUUAAUAUUUGUGUAGCAUAAUUGUGGAAUGCCUUUCAGAAUUUGAAAUUGCCUGCCAUGGUUGUGUUAGACCCUGUCUAUUCAAAUUAAACAUUCUGAUUUGUAGUUUUUAUUGUGAAGGAUGACUCUUGCUUUGGUCAAAUGUUUCUGCAAAAUCCUCUGCCAUUUAAGAUUUUGGCAUGUGAAUGCAUUUUUAUUUUUCUUAAUACUGAUGUUAACUUUUUCAAAGCAAAUUAUUUCAGCAAUGCCUCUCUUAGCUCUUUGUGUUCCCUGAUGCUUUAUUUCAGGUGCAUUUUCAUGUCGUGUUCGCAGAUGUAUCUCAGCAUCUAGGAGUAAAAUCAUGUCAACAUCAAUCACAGCAGAUGUUUUCACAGCAGUGCAUCAUCGUUGAUUCCAGAGUUCUAGUGAAAUAAUCAUUUGCAGAGGUGUAAUGGCAUGUUUGGAAGUAUUACUGUUACAAAAAUAGUAUGUAGCAUAGUAUUAUGAACAUAGAUUACAUUAUAGCAGAAGAGUCUUAUAUGUUUCGUAGUCUUAAAUGGUAGACUUGUUUGUUUCUUCUGUCUACUAAAAUGUUUAUUUAUCCUCCCAAAAUAAUGUUUUUCUCUCAGCGCCUUUAUUGCAGAGUUUAAUCAUAUGAUUUGUCAUUAAUUUUUGAGACCAUGUACUGUGUUGAACAUUUUGUUGCAAACUAUCGACAUUUAAAAUAUUUAUUAAUUUGUUUUUUGCAUUUCUUGAAUUAUUGUCUUCAAGUUUUGAUGAGUUUCAAUAUUUUCAGAACUUAUUCUUCACUUUCAUUUUUCUAUUCUCUGACCAGAAAAUAAUACAUUUCAAGAAUAUGUAUUGAAGCUGUCUUAAAUGCAAGUGUCCUGCCUUAUCAGAAAAUAAAAAUAUAUAUAUAUGUUUU